AACCCUUCAAAUAUUUUUCAAUUUGGCGGUUGUAAAUUGAGUUAAUUUGUCUAGAAUUGGUUUGUGAAAUAGUUCAGUUUAUAGUUUAUUUUAAUGUCUAUGUGUCUUUUACAAUCGUUAACAUUCUGUUGUAUAGUUGUAUUAACAAUAAACAUAAAGUUUACCAAAAGUUUAUACCUGUAUAAAUUAGCGAAAGAAGAUGAGUGCAUUUGAGGUGGUAGUUACUCCAACACGUCCAAAAUGCAAAAAGCGCAUGGAAUCUCGUGAACCUACUGAUGUUGUGAUGGCUCCAUUCUCUGCCAAAUCUAUCGUGCAAUUUGAGGAUGUGCCAAUUGGAAAAACGGCGCGACGUAUUUUGCGUGUUGUAAAUCCUUCAACAGAAGAUAUAGAGGUAAGAGUUAUUAGAGCUAUAGAUGCGGAAUAUAACAUAACAAUAAAUUGGACUGAAACCACAGUUCCGCGUUCGAAAACUGUUGAGAUGGAGAUGGUGUGGAGCCCUGUGCAAGAAGUUUCUUGUAAAGAAAUAUUACAGCUUCUUGAUAAUAGAAAUUUCCGUAAAGAUGUUAUGGUCAUAAUGAAAACUCGCAUAAGCAAUCCUGUUAAGACAGUGCGUAAAUUUCCAACUAUCUCAACGGGAAAUAACGGCUACGUUAGAACACUUCGGCUAAAAUCUCCCACAGGUACUUCAAAAUCGCAUAAAGCAAGUUCAACUCAUACACAAUCACGCAAAUCAGCUUCAGCGAUUUCUCAAAAGCCUACUAAGUCGCAACCAGCUCCAUCCACUUCACACGGCCGCGCUCCACCUCCCAGACAAGCAUGGGUAGAUUCCAAAUGUCAAUUACGUAAAGAACAACAACGUGAAGCUUUCGAUGAAAUAACUAUUAACUUUUCGCAUACAUCGCCUCUUUCUGAACAAAAUAUAUACGCGCGCAGCAAAACAAUGAAUGCAACUAUAACAUCUAUUUCAUCAACGAAAUCGCCAGUACUAAUUACUCACAAGGAGAAUGUCAGUCCUUUAACUCCAAGUAAUGUUAUUGAAAUGUUUGAUAAUAUCCAAUUCACACCGAUAAACAGCGAUGCCGUUAAAGGUAGUGCCGGGGGAAAUCCCGAUCUGGACAAUCUAGCUAAUUGGCCCACUCCAGUAAGCAUAGAUACUGUGAAAGUAAAUUUGUCUACAUUGCGACCACGUCGUUUAGCACCAGUAAGUGACCACACUGAUGCGGUUGAUGAUAUAAAUACUACUCAAAUGACAGUUGAGUUUCAUAUGGAUCCCAAUACUCCUGGUAAUACAGUUUUGACUAAUAAAACUUUUGAAGUUAAACGUGAAAAUAUUAAUAUGUCAACGGAUGCUCUUGAUACCUCAGUCAGUUAUGGUUUGACACUUAAUAAAACGAGUACGAUCAACACAACACCCAAGUCUCGACCAUUAGCAAUGAUAGAAGAAGAAGAAGUUAUUAAUUGUGGAAAUGUUGAUGCUGAAAAAACAUACGUUAAAAAUAGAGAUGUAAAACUUCCGGAAGGAAGUCCUGUUCGGGAAGAAGAAGAUUUGCUACGAGAUAUAAAAUUAGUUGGUACGCCAUUGAGGAAAUACUCGGAAUCAAUGAAGGAUCUUUCUUUACGCUCUCCAAAUAAACGUUACUCAGCUAGUCAAGGUUCAAUGCCGAACCUUAACGAAAUGGAGACCAUACGAUCCAUCGAACAAAAUCGGUAUUUUUAUAAUCACGUGCAAUCACGAGAUGCACUUAAAAUGUCCAUGAUUCAGGAACAAACCCCUAAUAUUGGUACCACGGCAUGUAGGAAUGAGGUUAACGUUUCAGAAUUAGCCGAUUUAGCUUUCAAUCAAAGCGAAAUUUUAGCGCAAUCAAGUCGUUUUAAUUUAAAUGAAGUUGGCUUGAAGUCGCGUAAAAGCAGUCCAGUAACUGUUUCUGGAAAAUGGCGAGAUUUACGAGGUGUAUCACCAAAAUCAUCAAAGACUAAAUUGAUUGAAAAUUCCCCCUCUAAAUCAAAAAGUCACAAGAGAAAUUCUCAGAAUUUAUCCAUCUCUGAUGGACAAAGCAGUGAAUCGUUGGCUACAACAUCGAGUGAAAAAUCAACAACAGCAAAGAAUUUUACCUCGACUACCCCAUACACAAGAAGUUCUCCUAAUAAAAACAUGAGCCUAAUCCUGGUUUCGCCUCCAAAGCGUCAACGUGUUGAAAAGGAAUUUGCUUUUGAGCGACCAUCAAUUCCAAAUAUGUCUCGUUCAAAGAAUUGGACACGCACUCUGGUGAAGAAAGUACGACUUGCAAAACCCGGCACACCACAAAAAGUAAUGCCACCAAAUAUUCAACCUUCAUCCAUAUCUCGUGAAUCAGAGAAAUUAUACGAUCCAGAGUUAUAUCUACAGUUUUGCAUCAAUCCCGAUCCCUUUGCAGCCAGUACAACUUGUGAUCCGUUCCUCGCUUCCACAAUGUAUUUAGACCAAACGGCCGUACAGAGGCAUCAACAUGAUUUUAAAAAAUGGUUAAAUGCACUGGUUACCAUACCGGCCGAUAUGGAUGCGAACAGCGAUGCUAAAAUCGAUGUUGGUAAACUUUUUAAUGAAGUGCGUCACAAAGAAUUGACCUUAGCACCCACCAAAGAAGAGCAAUCUAUGGACUAUCUUGUGCAACACCGACUUGAGGUUGUUCGACGUGCUGCUGUCUACUUGUAUCUAAGUGAUGAAGUGCGUGAACCCUGUUCCAAAGUGGCAGUGUAUGUAAAUAAAAAUGCCAUACGUAUACGGAACGAUAGGAAUUUACACCUUGAUGUAGUGAUGCAACGCUACAUAUUGGAACUGUUACUCUGUUUUAAUCCGAUGUGGCUGCGUAUAGGCUUAGAGGUUGUUUAUGGUGAAAAAAUUCAUUUGCGGUCAAAUAGCGACAUUAUUGGAUUGAGCACCUUUAUAUUGAAUCGGCUAUUCCGGGACAAACUUUUGGAGGAGAAAUAUUCACGUGCAUAUUCGCUCUCUGACGAAUAUGCGGAGUAUAUCAAAAAGUAUACAUUGACUAAAAUGCUUUGUUUGCUACUAUUUCUUGACAAAGCAAAACAAAAGCGCAUUAUCAAAUACAAUCCAUGUCUCUUUGUCAAAAAGUCACCUCAUAAGGAAACAAAAGAAAUUCUGUUGAAAUUCUCCUCCGAGCUACUGGCAAAUAUGGGUGACAUUACGCGCGAUUUGAAACGUCUAGGUUACGUCUUAGAGCAUAAACAAUGUUUCUUAGACGAAUUUAAUUACGCAUUUCAAAAUCUUGCCGUGGACCUAAGAGAUGGUAUAAGACUGACACGUGUAAUGGAGAUCAUAUUGCUGCGCGAAGACCUAACUAAACAACUGCGAGUGCCUGCAAUAUCUCGCUUGCAACGCAUUUACAAUGUAAACUUGGGAUUGCGAGCACUUAGUGAGGCCGAUUUCAAAUUGAGCGGCGACAUAACUGCGGCAGAUAUUGUGGAUGGGCAUCGUGAGAAGACGCUGUCACUGCUCUGGCAAGUCAUUUAUAAAUUCCGCUCUCCGAAAUUCCAUGCGGCUGCGCGCGUGCUUCAAAAAUGGUGGCGUAGCAAGUGGUUGUCUGUGUGGGUGAAGCGCCGUAUACGCGAUAAAGAGGAGCGGCGCAGACAAAUCGCGGCAACUACGAUACAAGCGUUCUACCAUGGUUACAUAGCGCGCCGCUGGGUGAAGUUAUAUCGGCAGGAACGUUCUUCGGCGGCAGUGGUGUUGCAGAAAUAUGCCAGACGUUUCUUGGCGCAAUCGUAUCUCAAACGCUCAAUACUUGCCGCCCGCAAAAUUCAACAUUGGUACCGCGGUUGUGUGCUCGGGGUUCGCUACCGCCGAUACUACACUGAUCUCCGCUGUUGUACACUAUUCAUUCAGCGCUGUUACCGCCGUCGUCUACUGUCAAAAAAACUAUUGUUAGUAGUCGACGAGUAUCGGCGAUUCUGCGAAGAAAAACGUGCCAAGGCAGCUACUUGCAUACAGAUAUUUUGGCGCGCCCACUGUGUUGCCAAGCUACAUCGCAACGACUUUCUGAAGUUGAAGUGGAGUGUGGUCGCCAUUCAGCGGAGAUGGCGAGCAACAAUUGCUAUGCGGCAGCAAAGUAAGGAAUUUUUAUUUAUACGCACCGCUGUCAUAUGCAUCCAGCGAUAUUUUCGUGCAAAACGCUGUAUGUUGCAGCAGCGCGCCGAAUUUUUGCACUUGCACACUUGUGUUCUAAAGAUGCAACAACGGCGCCGUUCCAUUUUACACAUGCGCGCAGUGCGUAACGACUAUAAACUGAAGAUCAAAGCUGUACAUACCAUUCAAACUCGCUGGCGCGCCACUUUAGCAAUGAAUCGGGACCGCACCGCUUACCAGCAGUUAAGUAAAGCUGUCUGCAAGAUUCAAGAGAGAUAUCAGGCGAUUAAAAUUAUGCGAUUGGAGAAGAGAAACUAUGAACGCUUACGCAACAGUUGCAUUACAAUACAACGCAAAUGGCGCGCCACCAUCCUAGCGCGUCGCACUCGUGUCGACUUCCUGACGAUCCAAUACUUUGCCACUGUGAUGCAGCAACGCUUCCGUGCCACACGUCUAAUGAAGCAACAGCACAUGGAGUAUACGAUACUGAAGGCAGCCGUAGUCAAAGUUCAACACAGAUACCGCAGCCUCCAAAUUAUGCGUCAUGAACGCUCAAGGUAUCAAAGUGACCGGAACAAGAUUAUACAGUUACAACGACGUUUCCGUGCAACAAUGGAAAUGCGAAAGACGCGAAUAUCCUACCAGCAAAAACGUAAAUCCAUUAUCUGUAUUCAAAAGUGGUACCGCUCCAUUCAGCGGACACGUCAACAACAGCAAUCGUAUAUCCGCUUGCGAAACUGUUGCAUUUGUGUGCAGCGCAGAUGGCGGGCAGUGCGAGUAGGUCGUCUUGUUCGACAACAAUAUCAGCAACAAAUACAACACAUUAUUACCAUACAACGACGUUGGAGCGCCACUCUACUAAUGCGAAAAGAACAAGCUGCCUUCCGCUGUAAACGCGCCGCUGUAUGUUCCAUACAACGCUUUUACCGAUCUUAUCGUGAAUCUUUAGCAGUACGUGCACAAUUUUUACUCAUGCGUAGAUCAGCGGUUUGUAUGCAACGCAGAUACCGUGCACAGCGCAGCAUGCGUGUUGCAAGACACGACUUCUUGUUGCUGCAUCGUACAACAAUUUAUUUACAACAAAAGUACCGUGGCCUUCGCAUAAUGCACCAACAGCGAUCCGAAUUCCUUUUCGUACGCCGAAUAGUGAUACAUUUGCAGCAAAAGUUCCGCGGUAAACAUGAGACUCGGCGAAAACGCUUGGAAUAUUUGCAAUUACGAAACACUGUUAUUGGAUUGCAAUCACAAGCGCGUGGACUAUUGGCACGCCGUCGCCUACAAAAGCUGAUGACACCGGAAAUGGUUGAGGAGCGGCGUCGCAGGAGGGCGGCUAGCAUUAUACAGCGUUUCUGGCGCGGUUAUCGUGUACGUAAAUGCUUCCAGAGCAUGCAAAUGCGUUUGAUUCGUCGAAACAUGGCUCUGUGGAAAAAAACCACUCAAGCAGCGAACACGCUCAGUUACAAAAUUUCGCAUGCAGUAUGUGUUCUCCGCGAUCAUUCAAGCGCGUCGGAAAUACUGCACGUUCUCAUAUGUUUGGAUCGUAUUUCUCGUACUGUGCCGCACAUUCUUAUGAAUCAGUCAGAUUUCGUAUCGACUUUCUGCUACGGCGUUAUGGCACAGACAAUACGCAGUGAGGUCGAUAAACAAUUGAUUCGUUAUUGCAGUCGGAUUAUUUUGAAUUUGGCGCGUUACAACAGCACCACGGCUAAUACUUUCCAGGAAAGCGGACUUGUUACCAUAGCCCAGAUGUUGUUGCGCUGGUGUGACAAGGAUAGUGAAAUUUUCAACACUUUGUGCACGUUGAUUUGGCUCUUUGCUCACUGUCCAUAUAAACGCCACAUUAUUCGCGAGUACAUGACGACUCCUGAAGCUAUAUAUGUGGUGCGUGAGACUAAAAAGCUGGUGGCGCGCAAAGAGCGGAUGAAUCAAAAUCUGCGCAAGCCUGUUGGAUCAACGCGUGUACCAAAGCAUCAGCAAUUCCCCAACCGUGCAUUACCGAGUCUCGAGCCUGACUACGGAGUCAUACACAACAAACCUUACACAUUUGUAUCGUCCGUAUUCGCAUUCGACAUGCUGCUAGCCGAACUGGAAAUUGAAGUUUCUUAACAUAACGUUAUUUGUAUGUAUGUAGUUUAGUAUUUGUCUUUGUCUUUGUUUAAUAUGGGCGACAGGCCCCACUCUUAGAUCAUUAUUUGUAUGAUUUUUUCGUUCUCUGUUUAUUUUUUACGUACAUACCUACUAGACUAUGCUAUUGAUACGCAUUCGCCUAAGCUACUGCACUGUUAUUCGUGAUUAUUUUAUAAUAUCUGUAUAUGUUAAUUUAAGGUUUAUCAAUGAAUAAAUUAACCACUUUGAA